GAGAGUCGCAGCUCUGAGAAGAAACUCGCCUCUUGUGGAUAGUGUGUUGAGACAAGCCGAGCGCGGGUCGGGAAAACUUUACUCUGCAUCCCAUCGGGUUCCCGGCGCAGUUUAUCCCCCCCCAUUUCCUUUGAAGACCGGGGCCGACUCUGGAUUUGUGCACCUUUGAGAACAGGAGCUGUUUCAGCCAAAGUGCGGCUGGUUCGCUGUUAUAUCUGCGUGCAGCUGAGCGCCUAGUGCAGUUUCCGGAUUUUAUGCUCACUGUUUUUGGGAAGAUUCGCUCUGCAAUUGUUGGAAAUAUUCCGUUUUUUAUCCUUUUUAAAUUAUAGCCAAGAACAAAGAAAGUCACCUUCAUAAAUCCUGCAGCCACAUCCAUAAAAUGGGCACUCUGGGACAACAAGGGUGAAGUCUUCGUUUUCAGAGAGAAGUUGAGCUCUGUGCUCAAGUUCAACUGGGCCACUUCCUGAUGAUGACAGUAAACAUGGAUGACGGUCUCCAGAAUGGACCUGGACAGUACAGGAACACACAAGACGACGAGGAGGCACUCAACUCCAUUAUGAAGGACCUGGCCGCUUUGGGCCGCUACUCCAGCCACAAGCACAAGAACAGAACCUUACUCUACAAACAGGAUUUAAGAGUCAAGCUGGAGCAUGAGAGAGAAAAACGGAUCAUCCCGUUUCAGAGGCCGUUGAAGAUCAAGGAGCUUCUGCAGAAAGUCACAGAGGCCUUUGGUCAGCAAAUGGACCUCUUCUUUAUGGAAAAAGAGCUGAUGCUGCCCCUGAAGACCCAGGAGGAUCUGGAUCAGGCGGUGCUGUCCCUGAGCAGCACUUCUGGAACUAACGGGCUGCUCAGGAUACUGCUGAAGACCCCUAAAAACAACCAUUAUUUACAGGUGAACAGCCGGGACAAACAGAGUGAGAUGAAGUCAUCGCGAUCAUUAGGAGACCUUAAGGGUUCUCUGCUCAAAGGCUCGGAGAGGGUGCGCAAACACUCCACAGGUUCCCUCCACACUGGUCGGACAUCCCCUCCUCCAGGCAGCGUCCCUGAGGAGCAGCAGCAGAUUGCUCGUCAGGGCUCAUACACCAGCAUUCACAGUGAGGGGGAGUUCAUCCCAGAAAACCCGGACCAGAAUAUGCUGGAUGCCUUCAGCAGUGCAGGCAACUCGCUCUCGAGCAGCUGUCAGUCAAUAGACCAAGCUCUGGAUAGCCCUCCUUUCUCACAGAACAACCGGGACAAUAAUUACCUGAACCUCAACUACGAAUACAAAGGUCGACACGGGAAAGGAGGAACUUUCCCACGCCAGUUCCAGUUGCCCAACCGCAGCAAGGAUUAUGGAGAUCGUCGCAGGACACUCCCACGCAGCUUCAUGCCCCAGGAGAACCUUUUCCAGUUGGUUCCCUCCAGCCGCACACGCAGUUAUAACGGAGACAGCUCGCUGACAUUCAGCGACCUGCGCUCGCUUGGCCGGACUGCUGAGAAAAGCUGCCAGCGGGGCACGGCCAAAUCACCACGGGCGCCAGUCAACUGGCGGCAGGGAAAGCUCCUGGGGCGAGGGGCCUUUGGGGAGGUCUACCUCUGCUAUGAUGCAGACACGGGCCGCGAGCUUGCUGCCAAGCAGGUGCCCUUUGAUCCCGACUGUCAAGAAACAAGCAAGGAGGUGAAUGCUCUAGAGUGCGAGAUUCAACUGCUGAAGAACCUGCGACACGAGAGGAUCGUUCAGUACUAUGGUUGUCUUCGGGACCUGGAACAGAGAAAACUCACUAUUUUUGUUGAGUUCAUGCCUGGGGGCUCUAUAAAGGACCAGUUGAAAGCCUACGGGGCUCUGACUGAGAAGGUGACGAGGAGAUACACCAGGCAGAUCCUUCAGGGAGUUUCCUACCUGCACAGCAACAUGAUUGUACACAGGGACAUCAAAGGUGCUAACAUCCUGAGAGACUCCUCGGGAAACGUCAAGCUCGGAGACUUUGGAGCCAGCAAACGGAUCCAGACCAUCUGCAUGUCUGGAACGGGAAUCAAGUCCGUCACUGGCACCCCCUACUGGAUGAGCCCCGAAGUCAUAAACGGGGAAGGAUACGGACGGAAAGCUGAUGUUUGGAGUGUCGCCUGCACUGUUGUUGAAAUGCUGACUCAGAAACCUCCCUGGGCCGAGUACGAGGCCAUGGCCGCCAUUUUUAAGAUCGCCACCCAGCCCACCAAGCCCAUGCUUCCGGAGGACGUGUCCGACUCAUGCAGGGAUUUCCUGUGGCAAGUGUUUGUGGAGGAAAAGUGGCGUCCCACGGCGGACGUUCUGCUCAGCCACCCAUUUGUCCAGGGUAUCUUCUGAGCCCUGAGGGACCCCUGCCAGAGUCCCACCCCCCUCCCUGCCUGGCUGCAAGGCCUACAUGGUCACGGCUCCUCCCCCUCCUACCGUCACCUGGUUCCAGGGGUCAGCAACACUAAAGCUUCCCUGUUCUAUUAUUGAUCAGUGUCUGCCUUGUCAGGAAUCCUUCAGUUCUUAGCACCCGGCUCAACACAUAUUGUUUACUGAGAGGCAAGGUUGGCUACGAUCAGUCCUCCAAGGCAUGCAUUGCUGGUGCUUAAGAAGAGGGCCGCCUGCGAAGAUGGCACUUCGCAGUCCCAAAGGAUCUGGGUCAACAUUCUUUAAGGAGAGAAAGGGAAAAGUGGCCAAACUUGGAGCAAAGAGAGGCUUUAAGCUUUCUGGGUCUCUCUUUAUGUCCAUUUUACUGUCUCAUCGCAGCGUCUCCACAUUGAUUUGACACUGUGACUGACUGGUGAUGCAGCCUGAUAGUUAUGUAACGUAUUCAUCAGCUUAAAACAGCUGGAUGAAAUUAAGAUGGAAAAAUAUUUUUUACGACAUGCACGGUCAUUUUAGAUCAGAUCUCUACUGCCACCUUUAAGACAAAUGUAAUGCAAUUUUUUUGUCGCCGCCUUACAAUAACAAUUUAUAAGUAUGAAUGUCUUUUUUUCUAACGGCCUUUCCUGUCUUUAUUAGCACUCCAAACCCCAUUCAGAAGGACUGUUAUAACGUUGCACUUUUGAUAUCAUGCAUUGAAACAUUUACAUGUGCGAGAUAAUCUACCGAGGAGAUAUUUUUCUAAGAGUUUUUUUUUUUAUGUCGAUAUGUAACGAGAACCAAACAUUUGCAUCUGCGUGCAAUGCCUCUUAAGCAAUAACAACACUGCUGUCUGUUUCAGAGACCGUCUGUCCUUUUAAUCCGCCUGGUGAACCUUGUUCCACUUUCUGUUCCAAAGACAAUUCGCAGAACAUGCAGUAUUAGUCACAGUGGACUUUUGGUCACCUCAGAGCCCUGAAGCCUUUUUUUCCCUUACGGCAGCUUUGUGCACUUUGGACUACACAGACCAAAUCUAAUGCACUGACGUUACUGUGGUGUUUUAAAUGUUCGCAGGGUUCCUCAACAGUUUUCAUUGCAAAGUUUCAAACUCUUCCAGGCUCAUAGUCCUUUUUAGCCAUUUUACAAAAGUAUAAAUAUACAAGUUCAGCAUAAACUAGUGUUAGAUAGUUCUACGGAUGGAUGGACGUAAAGGUGGGUGGAUUGGUGGACACUCAGAUGGAUGGACAGAUGAACGGAUGGAUGGUAUCAUUGAAGGUUGAUUGGAUGGAGGGAGAGAUCAAUUGACCAACAAACUGAUGGACCAAGGGUUAGCUGAACAGUUGGUGGACAGACACUUGGAUGGACAAACGGAUGGACAAACGAGCCAACCGCUGGAUGGAUAUAUAGAUAUAUGGAGUUCUUGUGGACAGUGGACUAAGGAAUAAAAUGUAGAAAUACAAACAUUUUUUCCAUACUUGUUUUUUUCCGUAUCAAAACCUGGAAAAUGCUUAAAUCAAAUUCCAUAUUUUUCCAGUCUGUUUAUAGCAACCCUGCAAUGAGGAAAACAGCUUGAAGUUCUGUUUUUGUGUGUAAGCUCAGUAUAAAUCCACAUAGACCAUUUUACGAGUAGACAGCACAUCUCUCUGUGUGACGCCAACAGAACUGAACACUGCCUUCUUGAGAUGAAACUUUAACUAGGCGGAUGACUGAUGUCGGAUGUAGCUAUGAUACAUUGGCACUUAAGGAACGAUCAAAUGUUUUUAACCCUUAUCAGUGCCUUAUCUGUUUCUCGUUGUAAACAAAGACCUCCACUGCCAAAGCCAAGAGCUUCCCUGUAAGGUUGCUCUGUUUGAGAGCACACCCGGGAUUUACUGAAGUUCACUUAUUCUGUACAUACUCUGUUCUGCACUUUUAUAUGAAAUCUCUUUUACAUUAUAAACAGAUCUAUUUGACGAGUAGAGUCUAUGUAUACAGCAGACUGUACUGCAGUUUUUAAAAAAAAAUAAAAACAUUUCAACCAGAGUGUGUAUGACUGUCCGAGAGCUGGCAGGCAAAAAUGAGAAGACUGGAAGACUUUCAAUUGAGACAGAGAUUGUUUUGUGUGAAAUGACAGAGCCUUGAAACAUGAAAUGUAUCAAGUAAUCAUUUUUUUGUGCAUUUAACUUAAUAAAUCUAAGGUCUAAGACUG